CCUGAAGAGGAGAACAGAUGAACAGAACAGCCUGAAGAGAACAGAUGAACAGUACAGCCUGAAGAGGAGAACAGAUGAACAGUACAACCAUAAGAGAACAGAUGAACAGAACAGCCUGAAGAGGAGAACAGAUGAACAGAACAGCCUGAAGAGAACAGAUGAACAGAACAGCCUGAAGAGGAGAACAGAUGAACAGUACAGCCAUAAGAGGAGAACAGAGGAACAGUACAGCUUAAGAGGAGAACAGAUGAACAUAAGGAGAACAGAUGAACAGUACAGCCUGAAGAGGAGAACAGAUAACCAGAACAGCCUGAAGAGGAAAACAGAUGAACAGUACAACCAUAAGAGAACAGAUGAACAGUACAGCUAUAAGAGAACAGAUGAACAGAACAGUCUUAAGAGAACAGAUGAACAGAACAGCCUGAAGAGGAGAACAGAUGAACAGAACAGCCUGAAGAGGAGAACAGAUGAACAGAACAGCCAUAAGAGAACAGAUGAACAGUACAGCUAUAAGAGAACAGAUGAACAGAACAGUCUUAAGAGAACAGAUGAACAGAACAGCCUGAAGAGGAGAACAGAUGAACAGAGCCACCUGAAGAGAACAGAUGAACAGAACAGCCAUAAGAGAACAGAUGAACAGAACAGCCAUAAGAGAACAGAUGAACAGAACCACUUGAAGAGAACAGAUGAACAGAACAGCCAUAAGAGAACAGAUGAACAGAACAGCCAUAAGAGAACAGAUGAACAGAACAGCCUGAAGAGGAGAACAGAUGAACAGAACCACCUGAAGAGAACAGAUGAACAGAACAGCCAUAAGAGGAGAACAGAUGAACAGUACAGCCAUAAGAAGAGAACAGAUGAACAGUACAGCUAUAAGAGGAGAACAGAUGAACAGUACAGCCAUAAGAAGAGAGAACAGAUGAACAGUACAGCCAUAAGAGGAGAACAGAUGAGCAGUACAGCCAUAAGAGAACAGAUGAACAUAAGGAGAACAGAUGAACA